AUGGCGACCGCUCGUGAGCACAACGACACCAUGCGUGGCCCGAGUUUCGAGAAGAACACCAAUGGCACCAGCGCGACCGAUCACGCGGCAGUCAACGGUGCAGGAAUACCCAAGCAAAGGGUACCAUACGACUAUGGCGGCAACCCUCUCGCCCACGUUGCUACCAACGACCCAGAUCUCCGUCUCGCAGCUUUUGGUGGUGAAUUCCAGCCUGGUCUAUACAGGCCGCCGAACCGCAAGUUCGCCAACCCAGCCCCUCUGGGUCUGUCGGCUUUCGCCCUCACCACCUUUGUUCUGUCUUUGAUCAACGUCAAGACCCGAGGCAUUGGUCACCCAAACAUUGUCGUGGCUGCUGCGUACGGUUAUGGAGGUCUCGUGCAGCUGUUGGCUGGCAUGUGGGAAAUGGCUGUCGGAAAUACAUUUGGUGCCACCGCGCUUUCAUCCUACGGAGGUUUCUGGAUCUCUUUCGCCAUCAUCCUUACACCAGGUGGAUUCGCGAUUGAGGAGACGCUCCUUGAAUCGGGCGACUUCUACAACUCUUUCGGUCUUUUCCUCAUGGGCUGGUUCAUCUUUACCUUCCUCUUGUUGAUCUGCACCCUCCGAUCCACCAUAGCCUUCUUCUCGCUCUUCUUCACUCUCGACAUGGCUUUCCUCCUUCUCGGAAUUGGCUACCUCAAUGCUGAUGCUGCGGGCCCACAAAGUGACUGCAUCGUCGCUGGUGGUGCUUUUGGUCUUAUGGCUGCUUUCAUCGCCUGGUACAACGCUCUGGCUGGUAUCGCGGACAGCUCAAACAGCUUCUUCGUCAUCCCCGUUGCUCAUUUCCCCUGGUCUGAGAAGGGCCGCGAGCGUCGCAACAAGGUCGACAACUCGGCUGCCCGUGCCGAUGCUGGCCACACCGCAUAA